ACUCCUACUCAAGCCAAUUAUCUGAUAUCUCUGCACCACACUACAUGGCCAGCUCUAAACGAUCGUGGGAAGGGCAUGUUGUCAAUAAUCAUACGAGACCCAGUCACCAAUCAGAAUUACUCACCAUGGACUCUGAGAAGGAGGGUCCUGUUAUUCAGUUCAUAUUUGAGAACUUUCGCAGCGAGCUGGAUGAGCACCACGACCGCCGAGAAAAGAUAAUUAAGGCAUCGCGCGAUAUUACUGCACUGAGCAAAAAAAUCAUAUUUGCUCUCCAACGAGUGCGAACGGUCAAUGCUCCAAUUCCACCCAAUAUUGCCAAAGAGAACAAAACCCGCUUCAACCAGAUUAUAGACCUUUUCAAAUCCAUAUCUCCUGAUCUAGCAGGAACCAACUCGUGGCGCUACCAAAGACAAGUCUCUGGAGGAAUCCAAGAAUUCAUCGAAGCCAUUUCAUUCGAGCACUAUAUACAGACCCAAUGCCUCAUCACUCUUGACGAAGUCGCAGCUCAAUUACCGAAAGGCAUCAUUGUGACCGAGGAAGAUUAUUUGAUGGGUAUAUUUGAUUUGACUGGAGAGAUGAUGCGGUUUGCGGUCACUACACUUUCAACGGGGGGCCAAGUCAAGAAGAGCGACGAGAGCAAAGACGAAAAUGGAAUGGAUGUCGACGAGCAAAUUGAGUCUGCGCAAAAUUUCCCUAUUCUACCACCUGAGAAGGCCGGGAUUGUGGUAGAUUUGAGAUAUAUGCGAGCCAUGCUUGAAAAGCUCAAUGUUCCCCGGAGACACAGUAGCCACAUGAUGAAGGACAUGUACAAGAAAAUGGAUGUGAUGCAGAACAGCGUUGAGAAAGUGGAAAGAGCAGCGUAUGGGUUGUUGGUCAGAGGGAGCGAGAGACCCAGCGGAUGGACACCGGAUUUAUCGUCCGUCAGUGCAGGAGCAGGAGCAAGUGCUUCAACUGUCGAGGUUGAAAGCUAUUGAGUGUGUUGUGAUGUUUGCAAUGCAAACGCACUGUCAAGUUAUUGAUGGAGCCAUGAUAUGUGUACGAGACAAUGUUACGGAGUUCAUGAAAUGAUACCUGUAAAGAGUGCGAAGAAUGAUUCAAUUGCAAUGUCCAUAUACAAACGAGUGUCAAGAAACGAUCCUCCGGAGUCGAUUCCACUCAAGAACCAUAUAACCAUAUGUUAAGAAUAUCCAUUACUGAACCGGGAUUGAACGAAUGAACCAUUGAGCCCAGUAAACCAACCCAUGUACUAUGCCAAAACAAACGCCACUAUCCAUUCAGAUAGUAUUAUCCCUCGGAUAUCAACGUAGACCCUCGCUACUUACUCAGAUGGACUCCUCGGAUCCUCAUUUUCUUCAAGUAUACCCUUCUCGAUCAAUUGACUAGGAUCGGGUCUUUCCUUGAUUUUGUGUUCCAAAUUAUCGGCAAGCAUGUGCUUUUCUAGUUCUUUUGCAUUUGCCUGCAGGGCUGGGGCCAUGUCGGCGCGGGAUGGGAGGAUAUUCU